UUAAACUCGAAGCUCAGUAUAAUUCAACUAAAGCUUCAAGUGUGUUUAGAAGUGGUUUGUCUUUGGUUUGUGAACUUUUUCAAAAAAUUUGUUUAAUAUUGAAGAGUAGUGGAAAUAUAUUGAAUGCAACAAUGUUCUUUCUCCUGCAACUGAUUUGGGAUUAUUUGCGGGAGUUCGAUGACAAAUAUAGAGAUCGUCGCUCGGAAAACUAUUUUCUAUUUAGUCCGUUGCAAGUGACUCUCACUUUAGUCGCUUACUAUGUAUUCGUUAAACAUUUGGGUCCGAAAUUAAUGGAAAACCGCGCAGCUUUCGACUUGAAGUACGUCUUAUUGGUCUACAAUGCUGCGCAGGUGCUCAUCAACAGCGGCUCGUUGAUCAUGGCUUCUUACUACACCUGGCUACAUAAACCAUACGACCGCUUAACUUGCAUGAUGCCCGUUAUGGAUAGCAACGUAGUCGGCAUGAUCGAACUACGAUACUCUUACAUCUACUAUUUGCUGAAAGUAUUCGACUUAGCCGACACUGUGUUCUUUGUGUUGCGCAAACGUUACAAUCAAGUGAGCUUUCUGCAUGUCUACCAUCACAUUAUGAUUACAGUGGCCACCUUUAUAUAUCUGCGUUAUCUGCCCGGCGGUCAUGGUGCUGUACUAGCCCUACUCAAUCUAGCCGUGCAUGCUAUUAUGUAUUUCUAUUACUUAAUUUCGGUAUUGAGGCCAGAGCUGAAACAGUCAUUGUGGUGGAAGAAACACAUAACGCAUGCGCAAAUUGUGCAAUUUGUGAUAUUGUUCGUGCAUUUCGGUCGUGCGCUCUUCGAUAGGACCUGUCUAUAUCCAACAGUGGCGCUGUUCUUCGGCACCACUCAAGCGGCCAUUAUGUUGGUGCUCUUCUGCGAUUUCUAUUAUAAAGCCUACUUACUUCCGAAUAAGCGAAAAUUAGUGAAGAAAUGAGGCCUCAGUGACGAGCGUUUGCCAGCGGCAGAAAGAGUGAAGAGUACAAAUUAAUGGCGGCCAAAUAAAUAUGAUUUAUAAUAAUAUAUAACCAGAUGUUUUAUAUUUUAGUUUAAGAACGGUUUCGUACAGUUAAGUAGAAUAUUUCAGAGUUAAAUGCUGAACAUGAAGCUUUAGAAAGCUUUACAAAUUAAAUAUAUUUAUCUGAUAAACUUUUCCAAAUAGCAGUGUUAGACUUGAGUAAUCUCAAUAAUGCAGUAACUUUGAGAUUCCCAAACUUUAAUGUGAUUAGAAAUGUUUAAGUUAACUUCAGAAUGUCACUGUCAUAUCCGUUUCAAUAAAAGCUUACUUCAUUGUUCAUUUUA